AUGGCGCGGGGUGCGGGGAUAUUGCAAGGCUUGACCGCAAACUACCGGGUUCAUGGUGAACUUGUCAAGAUGGCGGAUUUUGCUGUCAUUUUCCUGGUCUUACUGACUGGCUGUUCCAUCGUAGCAGGUGAUGCAGUGCACAUGACAAUGGUCACGCCCACACCUUAUGGGGCGGGGUCUUCACAGUCCUCAGCUAGCAUCAGCUGUUUCCGUAGCAGUCCUGAUGCAGACGUCACACUGAGCUUCGGCAGGCCAUUCCAGAUAGGUCUGAUAGGAUCUACCAUACAAACAUCUACCACCCUCCCUACUGGCAGUAGUCAAUCAGUGAAUGGACAAAUAGUCACCCAGAAUCUGACCUUCAGUAACGAUGCCACUGGGUUGUUUUAUUGUGAAGGUUCCAAUAGAGGGUUUACAACGCGGGUAUACAGCAUCAUCCACAGUGUGAAUAGGAGGUUUGAGCCUGUUGAUGGCCUUGUGACAAAGACGAUCAACAAAGGAGAGGAUGUGACUCUCGCAGUCAUCACAGUUAUUCCUGGUAGCUCUCCUCAAUGGUAUCGUACAAGGAAUGGAACUGCUACUUCAGAUUUCCCAAAUUACACUCAGGCUAAUUUCACACUGCCUUCUGCUGACGCUGUUGAUGGGGAUCUGUAUGCUGUCAUUGCAUCUAGUAUUGCUCUGGCUGACAAUCAUUUCAGUAUGAUCAGACUCAUCGUCAGAGGCUGUGUUGCAGGCAAGUGGGGUCCUCCUGGCUGUGCAGGUGUGUGUGAUCUGUGCUACAACGGAGGAGUGUGUGAUGAUGAGACAGGAGAUUGCAUCUGCCCACCAGGAUUCAGUGGACCAAACUGCCUCACAGCUUGUGGUAUGCACAAAUUUGGCUGGGAAUGCGAGUUUCAGUGUGGACCUGGUAACGUCAUUCAGAGUUGUACAGGGAGCCAGUUUGGUCUGCCAGACCCUUACGGAAACAGCUGCAUCUCUGGUUACCAUGACAGAGAUUGUGAUGUGGUAUGUUCUGCUGGAUCAUUUGGUGCUGGAUGUACCCAGACCUGUCAUUGUCAGUCAGGGCAGUGUGAUGCUUACACAGGGGAGUGUACAGGGACGCCGAGUGGAUGUGAAGCGGGCUGGAAUGGCACAAAUUGUCAGAUUUCAGAUGAUUGCCCUGUUGGCUACUACGGAGACAACUGUCUGAGUAAGUGUCAUUGCCUCAAUGACGUAGCCUGUGACAAGGGCACUGGUUAUUGCAGUGGGUCGAAUGGUGCAUGUGCAACAGGAUUUGAAUGUGCAGAUAUCUUAACCAACAACUGUCUGUUUGGUAUUACAGAGUUCCAUCAGGCUUUAUCAAAGACCAAUCCAGGUCAGAAUGUUGACUUCAUAUGUGCAGGUACAUCGGGAUAUAUUCUCUCAGCAAGCGACAUCAUCCUGUCCACAUCUGCUGACGACAGCGAUUCUACCAAUUCCUUUAUAUCUUCUACAAAUGAUAAUCGAGUGUUGACUAACACAUUUUCUGUAUCCGGACUACAGCAUGAACUUCCUGUGCUGAGCCAGCAACCACGAGUAGCGGUGACAUCGACAUCAGCCACCGUCAGCUGGCAGGCAUGGGAUUACAAUGCCAUGGACACAGGAGAUGGACCAGUCAUUGCAUACAAAGUCUACUACUCCCUUGCAUCCCCCAUAUCAUGGAUGGCUGCUGAUACUGUGAUGGUGACAGACCCACCUCAAAUUAUGUACAGCUCAAAUGUUCAAUUAUUGGAACCUAACACUCAGUACGUAUUUAGCGUGGCUGCAGUGAGAGAGGGGCCAGGAGGAGAAGGGCCGAGCAGUCCUGCGACUUUAAAAAUGACCCUACCUGGGCCACCACCCUCACCAACAACAGCACAAAUAAAGAACCAACCAAUAACUACACAACCGACUACCAGUGAAGAAGCGUCAGCUCCCCCACAACCACCCCAAGGUGGCCAGUUUAACCAAGUCCUGAUUGCUGUCGUUGUCGUUGUAAUUGUCGUGAUUGUUGUGGGUGUGGCUGCGUGCAUCUGUUUUCUGCGUCAUCGAAAAAGUAGAAGACAACCUGCAAAAACUGAAUCAACAGGAGGACUGGAACUGACUACAUAUGAGAAUCGGAUAUCUCCAGAUAAUGAGUAUGGCGCAUCAGACUAUGAGAGGGUAGGUCAUGAUCGCCCAACAUCGUACGAGGUAGUGGGUGUUAACCUCUCAUCAUCAACCUGUGUGGACGUAGGCCUACCAUCUUGGGCACAGGAAAGGAAGAUUCCAUUUAAGAAUAUGUUCAUCGGUGAAAAGAUUUUAGGCAGAGGAAACUUUGGAGAAGUUCGUGACGGAGCUGUGAUAGUUGGAGGAGAGGUUUCAAAAGCUGCAAUAAAGACACUGAUGGCAAACGCGUCAGAAAAUGACCGGCAGAACUUCAUGGAGGAAUUCCGGACGCUGACUAAAGUUGGACGGCACCCGAACGUGGUCGGUAUUCUCGGCGCUUGUCUACAUGAAGACAUUCUGUACGUGGCUUUGGAGUUCAUGCCCAACGGAGAUCUGCGCACUUACCUGAGAAAUGCCCGAUCCCUGGGGGACGAUGAUCAGUCAACUCUGUCUUCGGAGAAGCUGAUUCAGCUUGCUUUGGAUGUUGCAAAAGGAAUGCAACACCUUGAUGCAGUGGGAAUGUACAUGCGAAUGCUGCCCAAAGCUGACAACUACAUGUACUCGAUUAUUCGCCCCGAGCUGGAUGACAACUGA